UUCAAGAGCUGACAAGAUGAGGACUCUCCUGGUUCUGCUGUUGGUGGCACUGAUUGUCUGUGCCCAGGCAAAGAGCAAAGGUUCCAAAAAAAGCAAGCAUUCAAAGGGGACGCCAGGCAAGCUCACAAAGCCAAACCCCCCACAGAUAGAGGACCUCGAGAAACAACUGCAGAAAGAGAUGGAAAAGGCGCAGAAUCAAAUGAAGGCGGCGCUGCAGAACAAGCUGAACAAGGUGAAGGGCGAGAUGGGGCAACAAAUCCAACAGAUUCAGCGAGAGCUGGCAGCCAUGGUUAAGCAGGCAAAAGGAGGUCCAAGAGAGAAGAAGAACCUGUCCGAGGAAGUCAAGUCUUUAAUUCAGCGAUUGUGGCGAGAGAAGUCUCGGCUGGAACGACAGUGGAAUAAGGAAAAGAUGGCUUUGGCAAACACAUGGAGUAAGGAGAAGGAGAGUGAAGUUAGUGAGAUGACCAUCGGGAUAAACGGACUUGUUCAGCAAUGGAAACCGGAGCAAGUGAAACUGAUUUCUUCAUGGAAUAAAGCAAAAGCAAAUCUCAUACAGCAGUGGAUUAAACAACAGAUACUCAGUAAACCAUGUGGAAAAUCAUCUGACUGCGGCAGCGACCAAUGCUGCGUCUUUGAAUACACGCUGAAGGAAAAUCCUUUCUCUGCUAUUGGUCGUCUAGCACUGCAAGGAGCAGGAACUUGUCAGCCAUACAAAAAAGAUGGAGAAAAGUGCGAUGCGUUAGGCCCUUUGAUGGUCCAAAAUAAAUACAUCAACGACUGCCCUUGCUCGCCGUCCAUGAACUGCGCCUCGGACAACACCUAUUCUGAACAUGGCUACAUCCUUCCAAAGGAUCCCAAAUGUACCGAGAAAGAGGUCGGAAGUGGAGAUGAGAACUGAAUGUGCACGCGCGCUGCAAUGGGCGCAUUUAAUUGGCAUUUUCCUGUCGUUUCUUUUUGUAUAGACACUA